CGGCGCCGCGGGCCCGGGCCAUGGCGAUAGACCGGCGACGCGAGGCGGCAGGCUGCGGGCCCGGGCGGCACCAAGCCCCGGCCGAGGAGAACGGCUCCUUGCCGCCCGGGGACGCCGCGGCCUCGGUGCCCCUCGGAGGGCGCGCGGGCCCCGGGGACGGGGAGAUCCAGUCACUGCCCCCGCUACCCUCGGCCUCGGCCGCCGGCGGCCCGCACUCCGGCUGCUGCGCGUCGGCCUCGGCUCCCAGCCUCCUGUUGCUGGACUAUGACGGGUCGGUGCUGCCCUUCCUCGGGGGGCUGGGCGGGGGCUACCAGAGGACCCUCGUUCUGCUCACCUGGAUCCCGGCGCUGUUCAUCGGCUUCAGCCAGUUCUCGGACUCCUUCCUCCUAGACCAGCCGAACUUCUGGUGCCGCGGGGCGGGCAAAGGAGCGGCUGCUACGGACCGUUGGGGCGCCGGCGACCUAGGGAACUGGAGCAGCCCCCCGCCCACCACCUUCUCCACUGUCGCUUGGGGGUCCGCAGGCAACAGAAGCAACAGCAGCGUUCCAGAGGGAGAUGACACCCCACCCCUGCCCUCUCCUCCGGACAAGGGGGACAAUGCCUCCGACUGCGACUGCCACGCGUGGGACUACGGCAUCCGCACUGGCCUCGUCCAGAACGUGGUUAGCAAGUGGGAUCUUGUGUGUGAUAAUGCCUGGAAGGUCCAUAUCGCUAAGUUCUCCUUACUGGUUGGAUUAAUCUUUGGCUACCUAAUAACUGGAUGCAUUGCUGACUGGGUCGGCCGGCGGCCUGUGCUGCUCUUUUCCAUCAUCUUCAUUCUGAUCUUUGGACUGACCGUAGCACUGUCAGUGAAUGUGACAAUGUUCAGCACACUCAGGUUCUUUGAAGGAUUCUGCCUGGCUGGAAUAAUUCUCACUUUGUAUGCAUUACGAAUAGAACUGUGCCCCCCUGGAAAGCGGUUCAUGAUCGCCAUGGUGGCGAGCUUUGUGGCCAUGGCGGGGCAGUUCCUCAUGCCGGGGCUGGCCGUCCUGUGCCGGGACUGGCAGGUGCUGCAGGCCCUCAUCAUCUGCCCCUUCCUGCUCAUGCUGCUCUACUGGUCGAUCUUCCCAGAGUCCCUGCGGUGGCUGAUGGCGACCCAGCAGUUUGAGUCCGCCAAGAAGCUGAUUCUGCACUUCACCCAGAAAAACCACAUGAGCCCUGAGAGUGACAUCAAAGGAGUGAUGUCGGAGCUGGAGAAGGAGCUGUCCCGGACGCCCAAGAAGGUCUGCAUCGUGAAGGUGGUAGGCACCAGGAACCUGUGGAAGAACAUCGUGGUCCUGUGUGUGAACUCGCUGACAGGGUUCGGGAUCCACCACUGCUUUGCCCGGAGCAUGAUGGGCCACGAGGUGAAGGUGCCGCUCCUGGAGAACUUCUAUGCUGACUACUACACGACAGCAGCCAUCGCCCUGGCGUCCUGCCUGGCCAUGUGCGUGCUGGUCCGGUUCCUGGGGCGCAGGGGCGGGCUGCUGCUCUUCAUGAUCCUCACAGCCCUGGCCUCGCUCCUGCAGCUCGGGCUUCUCAACCUGAUUGGAAAGUACAGCCAGCACCCAGAUUCAGGCAUGAGUGACAGCAUAAAGGACAAGUUCUCCAUCACCUUCUCCAUCGUGGGCAUGUUCGCCUCACAUGCGGUGGGAAGCCUCAGUGUCUUCUUCUGUGCAGAAAUCACCCCGACAGUCAUACGGUGCGGUGGGCUGGGGCUGGUGCUGGCCAGUGCGGGCUUUGGCAUGCUAACGGCGCCCAUCAUCGAGCUGCACAACCAGAAAGGCUACUUCCUGCACCACAUCAUCUUCGCCUGCUGUACGCUCAUCUGCAUCAUCUGCAUCCUCCUGCUGCCCGAGAGCAGGCACCAGAAUUUGCCCGAGAGCAUCUCCAACGGCGAGCACUACACGCGGCAGCCCCUCCUGCCACACAAGAAGGGCGAGCAGCCGCUGCUGCUCACCAACGCCGAGCUCAAGGACUACUCUGGGCUGCAUGAGGCUGCCCUGGCUGCGGGGGAUGCGCUGCAGCCCGAGGGCGCCACAGCCAACAGCAGGAAGGCCAUGUAG